AUGACGGAAGUGGGCUGGUGGAAGCUGACCUUCCUCCGGAAGCAGAAGUCGGCCCCCAAGGUGCUGUACGAGAUCCCGGACACCUAUGCCCAGACGGAGGGCAGCGCGGAGCCCCCGGGGCCGGCGGGCGGGGCGGCCGGCAGUGACUUUAACAGCCGCCUGGAGAAGAUCGUGGACAAGAACACGAAGGGCAAGCACGUCAAGGUCUCCAAUUCCGGCCGCUUCAAGGAGAAGAAGAAAGUGCGAGCCAGCCUGGCGGAGAACCCCAACCUCUUUGACGACAGGGAGGGCGAGGGACAGUGA